GAUGAGAUAAUGGAAAUCUAUGAUAAUUUAGAGGCUUCAAAGAAUGUAUCUGGUGAUUCUCAUUCCACAACAAGAUAUCAGGACAUUUUGGUUGGAUGUCUUCUAGCAAUUGGUGGAAAUCUUGUAAUAAGCAUUUCUUUGAAUAUACAGAAGUACAGUCACAUGAAAAAUGCAGAGAAGACCACACAAGUCCACUAUACCAAGGAUCCGUUGUGGUGGAUCGGGAUACUGCUGAUGGGCUUGGGUGAGAUUGGUAAUUUUUCAGCAUAUGGAUUUUCACCAGCAUCACUCGUAGCUCCCUUAGGAACAACAACAGUUGUAGCUAAUAUGUUCUUGGCAGCUUUGAUUUUAAAAGAGAAAAUAAAAGCUGAACAUUUGUUUGGAUCUGCUUUAGCUGUUAUUGGAGCUUUCCUGCUGAUAGCCUUCUCUGCUAAAAAUGAAAAAGUUUUAAAUGGAGAUGAAAUAAAUGAAGCCCUCACUCAGCUGUCAUUCAUCAUAUACAUUUGUGUUGAGAUCAUAAUUCUAGGAGUAUUAUUCUUCCUUCUCUACUUCAAGGAGAUGAAGAAAGUGAUCAUUUAUUUACUCAUUUCUUCUAUUGUUGCUUCAUUUACCGUAAUAGCAGCAAAAGCAGUGUCCAGUAUGUUACAGAUAGCUUUUGAUGGCUUUUCUCAGUUUUCCUAUCCCAUUCUGUACAUAAUGCUGAUUGUCAUGCUUGUCACUGCCAUUACACAGAUUAAGUUUCUAAAUGAAGCAAUGAAAGCCUUUGAUUCCACAGUGGUAGUGCCUACAAAUUUUGUCUUCUUUACAAUAAGUGCAAUCAUAGCUGGUAUAGUUUUCUACAAGGAAUUUUGGGGAAUGAAUGCCCUGGAGGUAUUCAUGUUUCUUAUAGGGUGCUUUUUAUCAUUUGUUGGUGUUUAUUUCAUCACACUGGGGAAAAUGUCUGCUGCAAAUAAUACAGAUGAAGUCCGCGAGCCGUCCUCCUCUACAGAGUACGUCCAACAGAUUUCUCCUGGGAUCUUUCCUUCAUGGCUUUUAGCAACAGUCAAUGUGGGUGAAGUUCAACCGAAAGGGGAAGUAACUCAUUUAUCUGAUUCAGAUAGGGCACCAUUCUUUCAAUCCAAGACUGGAACAGACAGUUUUACAUCACAAGAUACCAUCUGCAGUUCGACAACAAGUUCCCCUGUUCAUUCAGGAGGAGCCCAGGCUAACUAUGGAGCCACAGAGCAAUGAAUUCCAGCAUUAGCAAACUAAAAGUCCAUAUGUGUACCCGAAUCUCUUAUUUUAUUGAAUGCACUGAGUAUUAGCUUGUCAGCAUGUAUACACUUUUAAUUUGUAAACUUAAUUAUAUGUGAUAUAAGCUGUUUGCUUAUACUGUAAUUGAUAGUACAUGUAUACACUUUAUGUAUACAUAAAUAUAUGUUAUAUAA